AUGUCGUCCACCGACCCGUAUGACCUCGACAGACUUGCAGAGGAACUCGUAAACCGAGAAUCUGGUAGGGAGGGCAGCCAUGAACUGCCUAUAUACAUACCACUCGAUCAUUCCAACCCAUACCUGACGACCCAAGUCUUCGACGUCGAAGGGUUUCUUCUUUCUCGUUCUCACACCUCACUGCGCGACCUGCGUUCUGAGCUACGCGACUACCUGUCCACUCUGAAGGAAGAGCUGGUUAAACUCAUUAAUGACGAUUACGAAGCCUUCAUUAGUCUCAGCACUGAUUUACGCGGCGAGGGUGCUCGUUUGGAGCGCAUUCAGCUGCCUCUAGAUGGUCUGAAGCUUGAAAUACUGGAAUCGAAACGGGAAUUACACGUCAUUCAAGACACGAUCCAGGAUAAACUGGCUAAGAGGGCAGCUUUGCGAGAAGAAAAGGCGCUACUACAUCUACUUCUCAAGAUAUCCGAGUCUGUGACACGGUUGGAGUCGCUCCUCCUUAUUGCAUCUCCCCAAGAUGAUGUCGAGAGAGUGGCAUUGGACGAUUCUCGGCCAACUGAGAUUGUGACGGAGGAAGGCAUAGACGAUAGGACUCGGAGCAACAAAGCAAAGCAUCUGGGCCGCGUCGCAAGCGAGUAUACGCAACUCCUUUAUCACACAAGUAAAGCGCGAGCAGAGAAGUGUGUGUUCGUGGACGAGAUACAAUGGCGUAUCGACAGAGUGCGCUCUACCUUGUCCUCAGACUUGGAUCUUCUCUUUUCGACCGCGCUUAUUGCUCUUACGGACCCGAAGCCAGACAGCAAAACGCCGGAAGUGGAAAAGGCCAGGCUAAUGGCGGACCUCACCGAGUGCUUACGAACAUAUGAUGCGAUGGGUUUGUGGAGGGACGCAGAAGACGUUCUCAGACGCGAUGUCGUGCGUCGUUUUGUCAAAAAGUCGAUAUUCCAAGGAGCAUUGGCCGCACCACCAUCACCAAUCGUGCCCCACACACCAUUUCGGUCAUCGACAACAAUCGUUACAAACCCUACUGACGUGCCUUUACCGCCCCGCACGCCAUACACACCAUUUACAUCAUUCGCACUCAAAACUCCGUUCAAGUCACACCUUGCCAGCUCGCCUUAUGCCCACCUUCUAGACGGCGUCGAUGAUCCUCUAGCUCGGCUUUAUUCCCAAAUACUUCGUUUUGUCGAACGAGAUCUCACCAGAAUCAUGGGAAUCGCGGAGAAAAUUGCCUCCAAAUCUACCUCUUCGGCCUUGCAAGAAAAAUCGCUGUUGGCUACUUCUGAUCUCAACACAGACGACCAUGGUUUCCAGAUUAUGGCAAAUGUCGUCUGGGAGGAGCUGGGAAGAUCGAUUAUGGAUGAGCUGGGCCUUGUCGUUUUUGCUGCUGGUCGUCCAAAUGAGUUCAAACAACAUUAUGAAACAACGCAAGCCUUCAUACGAUCUCUUGAGUUUCUUGCUCCCUCUGCUCACGCCGUCGAAACCAUGCGCGCUCACCACGUUUAUGUUGCGUUUGAACGCCGAUGGCAACUUCCAGUGUACUUUCAGAUGCGGUGGAAAGAAAUAGUGGGGAAAAUGGAAGAGGGCCUCGUCAAUCCUGAAGUCGAGUUGUCAUCAGCCGCUGAUAAGCAAUCUUUUGUCUCUACUCAGGCUGCUGCUGUAUGGAUUGCUAUUACUGCUUGCUGGAGCGCUGAAGUCUUUAUUUCGGAACUCGGCUAUCGAUUUUGGAGGCUGACACUGCAGCUGCUCAGUAGAUAUCGAACAUGGCUGGAGAACAGUCUCAUACCUGAUGACAAACGCUCCAGUUUAGACAAGGUUUCGCUUGCACGAACGGGAACACCCGUCGAUGGCCAAUCCUUUGAGACCAUGGCUGCAGACGACGCUAUUCUAAAGCAAUAUGCCACAAUCAUCGUCGAUGCCCGCGCUAUGAAUAUUAACGUCCAUACCUUGUGGAGACAAGAAAUUAGUCUUAUGCUCCCCGAGACGACGGCAGAGGAGCGUGUCGCAAACGAGGAGACUCUGCGUUCGUCUUUGUCAGCGAUGGAGGCAACAACCUCUUCAAUGAGCUCCCACAUUGUCUCCAUUUUGACUAAACGCUGCUGCGACGCGCUUCUGCCUGUCAAAUCUUUGUCUUCGACGCUGAGGGCGAUGUCCAACAAAACAAUACCCAAGGAUCCCAGCCACUUUGUGUCAUCCAUUUUGCGACCGAUCAAGAUAUUCUUUGGGAUUGGUGUGGGGCAUGGUCCUGGAUCCGCUCUGAAGGAAGACUUUGUUGGAACCUAUGCAAGCGACAUUUUCGAAGGUGUUUGCCAAAAGUAUAUUUUAUAUCUGACGGCGAUGAAGAAGACUGAGGAGUCUCUUCGGCGGCUGAAGAAGGGCAAGAAGUCCACCUUCUCACUCUUUGGUGGUGGUGGGCCGAAGGAUGAUGAUGGUCGCGACGAGGAACGCAUUCGACAACAGAUGAUCAUCGAUGUUCAGACAUUUGGAAAGGAUGCAGAGUUGUUGGGUGUGGUUUUGGACACCAGUCAUUGUUAUGCGGAGCUGAAGCAAAUGAUAUAUGCAAUUGAGGGCGAGAACGAUCACAAGGUCUAG